AUGCGGAUCGUGAUGCAGGCUCAGCAGGCAUCCACGGUCCUGCCAAUUGCAAUAAGGUUGUUGGAAGAGGUCGACUACAAGGAAAUGUACGAGACGCGCCCGCCGGCCAGCAUCAGCGCGGACUACCUAUGGCGGGAGCGGCUGGAGCCGCUGCUCUGGUACCUGCGCGACGAGGAGCGCCGCAUGGUGCACGAGGGGCUCGAGCUGGCGGUGCGCGCGCACUCGGGCCAGAACCGCAAGAGCGGGGAGCCGUUUGUGACGCAUCCCGUCGAGGUGACGCGCAUCCUGGCGGAGAUGCGCAUGGACGCGGAGAGCCUGGUGGCGGGGCUGCUGCACGACACCGUCGAGGACACCGACGCGGUGUGCUUCGAUGACAUCGAGCGGCGGUUCGGGACGGCGGUGCGGCGCAUCGUAGAGGGGGAGACCAAGAUCUCGAAGAUCACCAAGGUCAACCAGUCUGGAGACGACUACUCUGAUGACAAGGCGCGCGACCUCCAGGGCCUUUUCAUGGCCAUGACGGAGGACGUGCGCAUCAUCCUGGUCAAGCUGGCCGACAGGCUGCACAACAUGCGCACGCUCUACGGCAUGUCGGCUGCGAAGCAGGUCAAGAUUAGCCAGGAGACGCUGCAGGUGUUUGCCCCCCUGGCCAAGCUCCUGGGAGUGUACUGCAUCAAGGAGGAGCUGGAGGACCUGGCGCUGAGGUACACCCAGCCCGAGGUGUACCAGCACAUCAAAAACUGGCAGGACAAGCAGAUGGCCACGUACCAGCGCGCCUUUGCCACGGGAGACCGUCGCGGCGGGCGCGGCGGCGGCAGCGGCUGA